GUCAGACUGUUUCGUCACCAAGGCAGUGUAUCCAAAGAUUGAUGCAAACUGCCCGGUGGGGAAGCGAAGUAAACUCACCAAAAUCCCACUGAUUUGUCUUAGACAUUAUAAAAAAUAUCCUGUUUUAACGGUUUGGUAUACUAAAAAGGUCAUAAAAUGGAGGUGGAGAAAGAAGUAAAGAAGAUGACCCUGGGGCACGACUUUGGUGCAGGGGCUGCGUGUCUGAAAUGCAAGGACAAAUGCGAGGGUUUCGAGCUGCACUUUUGGAGAAAGAUCUGCCGGAACUGCAAGUGUGGCCUGACCGAACACGACGUCCAGAUGAACUCUGAAGAAAACAAGAAAGUGGGCAAGCUGUUUGAGGACACCAAGUACACAGGCCUCAUCGCCAAGCUGAAGACGGACGGCGUCCCCACAUACAAGGGCAACAUGGUCACCAUCACCCUGGCAAGACCUUCCACGGGCGCUGUCGUGCCACCUCAGGUCACUGCCUUAGCUGUUCCCGGUGCAGGUUCCCGUACGGUACCCGUCAGUGCCAACACAAUGCCAGCCAAAAUCACACCAGUGAAGGCAAAUUCCGUGCCAGUGAAGGCAAAUUCCGUGCCAGUGAAGCCCAAUGCUGUAUCAGCCAACGUGGUGCCAGUCAAGAGGGAUGCCGCCCAGUCGGUCACUUACGAGUGGGUGCCGCCGGGAGCUAACCAGUACCUGGCGGUGCGCUACAUCGAGUUACUGCCACCAGAGAGGCGUCCAGUGGCCGGGACAGUUGGAGCGGCCUACCGUCGGCAGCAGAUGGCCCACCAGCUGCCUGAGCACGACCAGGACCCGUCCAUGUGCCACGAGCUGAGCCCUGGCGAGGUCAAGCAGAUGCAGCAGUUUGUUCGCAAGUACAAAGACGAGGCCCUGGGAGUGGGAGACAUCUGCCUGCCUGAGACGAUGGUUCCAGGAGGCCCCGGGGCUGCCGGAGGAAGACCAGGGCCAGAGAACAGGCCUGGAGGGCUUGGGGAAGGUGGAGUUGGGGCUGGGGUUGGGCCGGGAGCUGGAGUGGGGGGGGUCAAUGCUGGAGCUGGCUAUGGUCCUGGAGCUGGUGGUGUUGGGGCUGGGAACAGGGAUGGAACUGUGGGCUCUGGUGCUAUACUCACCGGACACCCUUGCCAGGGGGUGAGGCCUGGCGGUGGGCCUGUGACCAGAUUUCCAGAGAGCGUAGGGUCUGGAGGGCCUGGUAGUCUUCGGACAGCACAGACUGUGAGUCCUGGGGUAUGGGCUCCUGGGGUUGGGGGUCCUGGGGUUGGGGGUCCUGGGGCUCCUGGGGUUGGGGGUCUUGGGGCUCCUGGGGUUGGGGGUCUUGGGGCUCCUGGGGUUGGGGGUCUUGGGGUUGGGGGUCCUGAGGCUCCUGGGGUUGGGGGUCCUGGGGUAUGGGGUCCUGGGGCUCCUGGGAUUGGGGGGGUUGGAGGUCCUGGGGCUCCUGGGGGAUAUGGAGAGACAGGGGACAUGGGCACUGCCACCAGAGCUGGAGCCAUUGGAACACCAGGAGCCCUCAGUGGCCACACAACCGAGUUUCCUGGACAGACCUUUUCCUGCCACCAGUGCCAGCAGCCCAUGCGGCAGGGCGAGCCAGCGGUGUACGCGGAGCGGGCUGGAUAUGACCAGCUGUGGCACCCCGGCUGCUUUGUAUGCUGCACCUGCAGCGAGCUGCUGGUGGACAUGAUCUACUUCUGGAAGAAGGGCAAGCUUUACUGCGGCCGUCACUAUGGUGACAGUGAGAAGCCCCGCUGUGGAGGCUGUGAUGAGCUCAUCUUCAGUAAUGAGUACACACAGGCGGAGGGACAGAACUGGCACCUGAAGCACUUCUGCUGCUUUGACUGUGACUGCGUGCUGGCCGGGGAGACCUACGUCAUGGAGAACGACAAGCCUGUCUGCAAGCCCUGCUACAUGAAGAGCCAUGCUGUGAAGUGUGUGGCUUGCCAGAAGCCGGUGGAGCCGGAGGCCCAGCGCGUCUCCUACGGGGAGCACCACUGGCACGCCGAGCCCGACUGCUUCCAGUGCUCCUGCUGCUCCAAGUGCCUCGUCGGCCAGCGCUUCAUGGCCAUGCAGGGCAUGCUCUUCUGCUCGGUGGAGUGCAAGAAGAAGACCCUGGCCUAGGGCCGGGCCUGGUUGGAAGUUCCAAACCCUGUCCAGACAACAUUAGAUGGGUCAAGUGUGGACUGAUCAAAAGUGUUGAUUCGAGCCAACGAGUGUUGCUUUAGGUUGUCAAUCUUCCAUCAGUUACUAGCCAAGGCCUACUGACUAGUGCUAGCUAGCGUGCUAGCUAACUGUAGAGUUUUCUUAUCAAGUGAAAUUGAACUAAAUCUGUGUAGAAUUCCUCUGAUGGACUUCCUUUUUUUUUUUUUUUUUUUCAUACUUCCUCUUUAGACUAUUUGAAUGUUUAUACUGAAUACUGAGGAUGCAUAUUACAUCCAAACAAAACCAGCACACUCAGUGGUGAAACAAAUACUGCCUUAAUAUCGAUCUAUCCAUGCCUUCUUUUGCCCAUGAAAGGUUCCAUUCCAUCUUUCACUUUACACUUUUUCUUCUUUUCUUUAAUGAGAUUACGUUUGUCAACCUUACACAUUUCAGUCUAUUUUCAGGACUGUCCUUCGAUAGAAGCAGCUGUUAGUAUCCUAUAAAGUGCUAUGGUACUAUGCCACUGAUCUGCAAUGCUUUUUCUAGAAGUCACAAAGAAUGUACUACUGAUGUCCACCUUUAUGCAGUUGAAUCUUUAGCGAUAGCAGUACACUUUGUUAGCAAUAUUUGCUCAAGAGGAAACAAGUGCUUUAUUUUUGUUCUGCAGCCACAAACUGUCAACGCGAUGAUCGCCAUGCUUGUGAACUUUUAAUUUCACUGAAAUAUGUAAUUAUCUGAUGCAAUGGGUCCAAUACACUGAAAACCCUUAAUGCAUUUUAUGUAGACUACAACAUUUCCAGACUACAUUAAAACAAUGUACUAAUUAAAAUGAGGACCAACUAUGUACAGUGCAAUGCAAAUAAGCAAAAAUAACCACUUUUAAAUUCUUUACUUUAUCAGUUCUUAUGUACUGUGUCUACCUUACCUACCCCUCUUUGCACUUUCAUAUUUUUUUCUGCACUCUUAACGACCCUAAUAAAUGUUUUUUUUGCAAUAACUA